AGAGUGCAGAGCACAAGUUGAACAUGGAGUUUCCCCAGCAAAUCGAAGGAAAAUCAAGAUACACAAAACUCGAAAUACGAAAAAAAUUGAAAUUUUUAACCAUUGGUUUUUUUUUUAUCGUUAAAGCGCGACUAAUUGGCAUAUAACAUAUAAAGCAUUUCUUGAUAAAAACAUACAUUAUCCCCGUACACACCUUAGUCAUAGUACUAAACAAGUGAAAAACACUUUAAUUACCAGAGACGCUAGUCUUGGCACAACAGGCAACAUAUGCAUACGAUGUCGUAAUGGAGUCGCCACUAAAUCCCAAGGUCAAUAACAAUAUAAGCACCAAGGUGUCGCCCAGCGGGGACAAGAUGAACUCUAGCAUGAAUAGCAGCACUUUAGACGAUUCGACGCCCAGUGAUUCAGGUGUACAAAUGGAUUCGGAAAAUAGCGAUGUUAUGAUUGAGUCCAUCAGUUCUCAGGCUGGCCUGGAUUUUGAGGAACCAUUAAAGCCGGCUGCAGUUAUUAGACAACAGCCUGUUGACCCCAACUCGAAUGUAGCAACGGAUGCAACCAUGACCACAAGCGCUUGUUCGACCUUUGACACAACUGAAAAGAUCGUAUACAGGCGCAAGGUGCACAAAACGUCGUCCACGCCCAAGGCACCCAAGAAACGAGUGUCUUUUCACGAGGAUAUACUGAAGAAUACGCGCACCGACAACAUCCAUAUUGAGCAUGGCUUUAUAACCUACAAAAAUGGACGCAAGCUGGCUGUAGUGGGCGGCAACUCAGCAGGCGUUGCUGGUGUUGCUGGCCGGUACUCGUGGUGCGCGGAACGAGAGCGGGUACAUGGACCCAGUGAACUGAGCGCAGUCGGUAGAGAGACGGAAGAGACAGGCGGCGACUCUCAGGGUCGGAAUCGACGUCUGGUAUAUCGGAAUGCAUGCUCCGAUGUUUUAGACUACGGGAAUACGGAUAUCUACGACACCAAUGAGCCAGUGGGUCUACAAUACGAUAACUCGGGCGUCUUUGAAUAUGCACCGUCAGCAGAAGGUAAACAGCGAGAUGAGAGACUCCUCUAUCGCUGUGCCUGCAGCAGCUCCAACUCGAGCCUGGACUCGGAUGAGCAAGACAAAAACUCAAAUACCAAUUCCAACACAAGCUCCAACCGCAAACAGUACGAGCAGGCGAAGAGCAGCUCCUGCGAUUGCAUUGGCAUGAACAAUGCCAACAAUAAUCUAAUUGGUGACAAUUGCUAUUACUCGGAGCCCAACAUUGGCGACGCCGGCAGUCCAAGGCAGAAAUCAGUGUGGAACAAGGAGAAGAUGCCCAAGUCAAGCUGCUUAAAGAAAACCAAACGCCAUACUAACAUCAUCCAAGAGCAGGAUCUCAGUGAUCGCAUCAAGAAGUUCAAUGUGCACGAUAUUAAGCAUCAACUGUUAGACAACAGCAGUAAAAUGAUAUUCGGCUCGCUAAAGAGCAUUUUCACAAUGCCAUUACCCGAACGUGGGGUACCCGAGGGCUCAGAAGACUUACAGUCGGUGGUGGAGUGUGUGCCGGAGCUGGAGCAAACGCCAGAGCAUAAGCCCAAGCAAAUAUUGCAAUAUGAGUCUCCCGACUCGCCCCCACUCAAGCCCAAACCGUUCCUUAGCAAGAGUCUAGAUGGCAACAAGCAGACGCAAAGCGUCAAGAAAUUUGUACACAAUGUGGACGAGCAGCUGCGUCGCAAAAACGAUGAGCCAAGCAGCUCGACAGAGGCUUCACCCGUGGACAGCAAGAACCUGCUACGUCGCCAAGAUGAGUUCGAUAAGGAAACAGCAACGUCAACGGCAACGGCACCAAUUGUUACCAGCACACAAAGCGAAUUCCGCAGCAAGUUUAUCAUAAAUUGUGAGAGCACAGUCUUUGAGCAUACGGGUGUCUCCUAUGAGACCAGCGAGCCGCAAAAGCUUGAGCUGUCUAUGUCAACAACACAGCACAGCAGUGUGGCCAGUUUAUUGGAGCGAGAUACACCCAUUGCACAGCCAGCAAGUCAACUGCGCAGCUCAUUUAUGACUGCACCGAUAGCAAAGACGUUUAGCAACUUCUUUCGCAGUUUCAAAGAUAGUUCCGUCAAUACUCCAGUUGACAAGGAGCAGGAGCAAAAGCAGCAGGAGCAACAACAACAGGCAGCAACCGAUAGCUAUUUUGCUUCUAAAAUUCCCAAGACGUCACAGCAACAACAUCUACAGCAGCAGCCGCCACAGGCACAUGCAGCACCUAGCAAGCUUCCCACUACGCUCUCAUCAUCCACCAUAUCCGAGCUUAGCUCAAUUAGCAACAACACUAAUAGCAACUCCAAUUCGUGCUCCAAGAUCCAACCGCAGAACAACAUGAAUGGCCUGAUGCUUGGCAGUGUGGAGCGUCAGUCGCGUCAUCUUCCCUCGCCUCUAAAGAAGCGUGGGCAGCCGAUGCAGCCUCCACGUUAUGGCGAUCAGCAACAGCAUAGUCGAAGUCUUCAUAGUCCUAGUAGCUAUUUGUUCGCACGCGGCGGAUGUGGUCCCGGUGGCAGUGGACGCGAUUCAAAGAGCACCAUAUUGAGCGAAGAGUUUGACGAUAUAUUAACCAUAACGACCACCACAGAUACGGCAAAUGAGAGACCAUCUACGGAAAGCGAUCUGGUUAUUGUGGAUUAUACGGACGUUGACUAUGCACAGCUAUUGAAACCGCCGACGCCAGCGGCAAAGACCUCACUUAUCAAUCGUUUUCUGCGCAACGUAACUCAAAAGAAAAUACUCGAAUCCUCGAUACGCAAAAAUGAUUUCUUUGCGGAUAAACUGCGGGGCGAACAAAAACAUGUAGGAUCACAUCUCUAUGUACGCGGUGUGCGGCCCAAGAACUACGAAUUGAUUGACGAUUUGAAUGCUGAAAUUGCCAUGGAGAUCGAAAUGUCCGGAGCUAACUCACCACGUCGGGAGCUGGCCGUGGGUAUCGAUCAUGACUUGCCUGGCGAUUUGUCUCGCUUUGAACUGGGCAUUGGAGAAAUAUCCAUCGACAUUUUUAGCGGCAAGAAUUUAUCCAUAUUUCGUGAGCCCGACGAACAGCUGCUGAAGGUAUUCAAAUUGUACACCGGCUAUAGCUGCGAGGGAUUCAUGACGCCUGUGUUGGUGCUACUAACCGAUAGAACACUAUAUGUGUCCGAUUUGGUGCGUAAUUGCCUGUGCGCCAAGUUCGUGCUGGCCUACAAGGAUCUCGAUGUCAUAUUGAUGGGUCCCUUUGGUAACACGGUGCUACUAAGUAACAGCAUGCGGGACAUGCAGCAGGUGCUACUUGCCGGCGGACCUUAUCCGGCUGAUGCACUGGUGGCCAAUCUAGAGCUUUGUGCACGUCGUAGUGGUUCAACGCUGCCCGCUGUGGGUCAACUCACAUUGGAGCAUUUGGCUCCACUGCAGGCGUUCGUUCGAGCCAACAGUUGUGUAGGAAAAGAUGAACAAUGGAUGUUCUAUGCGGUGGUUAAUAUGCCUGCUGGCGGUGCAUUGGGAAUGGGCUUGGCCGGAGAACAGGAGCCGCUUGGUCCGCACGUCAAAGGUUUUCUCAUGCAUCGACGCUUGCGGGAAACGGCAACGGUAGCUGCAGCCUCUAAGAUUCACUGGCAGCCAGGUUACUUCUUACUAAAAGCUGGCGUGCUGUACAUGUUUAAUGAUUCCACACAAAAGCUGCCAAGCUGGGCAAUGGCAUUGGCGGAGUGUCAAGGGGCAAGGCGCGCUGUUAAAUCCGCACGUCCGCAUUGUUUUGAAAUAAUGCUGAAGGGCGAACUGCUGCAAAUGGCAGCACCGGAUGAGAAUGUGGCCUCGGAAUGGUUACAGGCGCUUCUGCAAUCGGCGAGUGGUCUGUUUGAGUUGCAGGAGAGGCACAAGGCACUGGGUUGCACUUUGAUUGUCACACAAAACCAUUUAAUUACCUUGCGUGAAGAUUUCUCUGCGCCGCUGCGUCAGCUCAACAAGCCGGUGGAUAUACCAUCUGCGGCUCCAGAGCCUAAGCAAAUUCUGCGCGAUGACGAAAUGUUGUGCAUCUUCGAGACCAGCAGCUUGUUAAGCUCUACGAUGAGCACUCCAACUCGUGGCACACAACGCUCCUGUUCUUCGCUCAACUCCACGCCCACAAGGCAUUCACAGGAGGCGCCCAAAGCUAUGCAGAAGACUCCCAAAGUGGAACAGUCCCAAAGCAUGAGCAGUGCUUAUGGAAAAAACUCUGGCCUCGAAAUACUCACCUGUGCGGACAUUAAAGCGAUGACUGGCAUUAAGAUACCCUCGCACAGUGAAACCUGGUGGUGCAUACUAGAAUUCUCCUGCCAAGAGGCGCCUGUGGAGUGCCAGGAUGACUUGGUCAUAUUCUUUGCAAGCAGCAUGGAAAUGCAACGUUUUCUCCGUCUGUUGGAGCAACUGUGGCAGGCCAAAAAUAAUGAUCUCUUUCCAAUAACUAUACUGGACGAUGAUGAUACACUCGCGGAACAGUGCACAAUGUUGUAUUUGGAUAUAAAUCGCUCCUGGGAGCCGCUUUUAUCGGCUGCCCUGGGCUAUCCUCUCUAAAUUGCGCAGCUAAUCAAUAUAUACUCUAUAUACUUAUAUAUCUGAUAAUUUUGCUAUAUUUUUGGCAAACAUCGCAAACAACUAAAAGCUUAAUAUUAUAAUGUAACACCCAAGCAAAAUUGCUGAAAAACAAACUUAACGGUAUCUGCAUAUAUAUCUCUCUCUAUAUCCUUAAAAUAUAUUCAUACAUUUUGUAGCUAUUUCUAUUGUAUUAUGAUUUGUAAUCUGUACAUUCGCUUGAACAAUUCAUUUGCGCUGUUAUCUAAUAUUUUGUGUGAUAUUAACUCUUAAGUUGCCAAUUGACAUAGAUUUAUAUACAUUUAGUUGCGUCUACAAACCUUUGUUAAUUAUAAUUUAAGUUUGUUUUCUUUUUAUACAAACACCGUGUAGAAAAAUGCACAAAAAACAAUCCCAAGGCUUUACUAUGUGUAAAAUAUUUUUUGAUAUCUUAAAACAUAUAUAAAAAAUAAUAUUUUGUAAGCAUUCGUUAAGAGCUACAAAAAAAGCAACCAAAAAUGUUAGCAAAUCAUUGAUCAGUUCAAUAUAUACAUAAAUACAUACUCUAGCUAAAAGAUAUUAUACGUAAAUCAAUCCAUAUAUAUAUUCAUAUACAUAAUAUGUCUGUUUGGGCGGUAUUUUUUGAUGCAUGAUCGAAUGAAAUAACAUUAAAUGACAUGAAAGUAUUUAAUUAUAUUUAUACAAAAUGUAACCUCUUAAUAUACAAUACAAUAUAUGUAUAAUGCAUUAUAAUGCUGAUGUUUUCAUAAAGCGCAUAGUGCACUUAAAUGCCUUAACUUAAGUUUCUUAUAAAUAGUAUCUAAAAAAAAUAAUUGUACCUAUAAUUUGCCAAAUAUGAUGUUAAAUCGGACAAUACAUGGAUGUUCAUACGUUUGUAAGCAUACAGCUACUUAAGAAAAGGCUUAACUAGGGACUCCGACAAAUGUCGCCCCAUAAUUUUAAUUUGAUUAUGCAAUUUUCAAUUAGCAAGGCUUAAGGUCCACGUCUCUCAAAUAUCUCACACCUUGAAUUCGCCAUAAGCUGUAUGAAAACAUCAGAUAAAAGCUCAUAUUAAUUAAUAAAAUGAAUAAACCUAA